AAUCUUGGUCCUUAUUAACCCGAAGAAAGCGUACAAAACUCUUUGAUACAAUGCCUCAAGUCUACAGUCAUCCUUGAAUCAAAAAUUAUAAUUAUCAGAGACAAUGUCUCUGAUAUCCUCUUAAAUCUUUGCCUUGAAUAACAUGAAUUAUUAUUUUCAUUAUUAUAUUUGCAGACGCUCCACUUUAUCUACAAUAUCUCUACUGAUAAAUGUUUUUAUCAAUAAUUGUUUACUAAACCAAUAAUGUAGACGAGUCGCGCAAUCCACAAUUCAGCUCUAAAUGAAAAUUAUCGAAAAUAAUUUUGUUGGUAAUGAUAUGGUUAAUAUGUUUAUUCGAAUAAUCGACUCAAGAUGCAAAUUAGAAUGGUAAAUAGUCAAUUAAUAGGAAGGAAUUUUUGAAAAUGACAUUUUUUUAACGAGGGCCUUUCUACCUGCGUUUUAUUUUAUAUUAUAUAAUCGAUAUCUUAGCUGCGAUAAGCCAAGUGUCUUGAAUGAAUAUCCGACAAAUUAUAGCUUAUAUUCCAAUCUAAAAUAACCUGAAUAACCAUGACUAGCGAACUCCGUAGACGUACAAAGGGAAUUACAAGAGUACUCUUCACUCAAAGAACAAAAUGUUCAUUCACAAAUGCAUACUAGAAGACAUAAGAGUUCGAGGAAAGGAUUCUCUAUACAUACUUCUUUACUAUGUCUUAUCCUCAGUGGAUCAAUAUUGACCCUUUUUGGAAUUUUAUAUUUGGACAACAUUCCAUGGCAUAUAGGAACCCUCGCAAUUGAUAAACUAGCUGUAAAUUUUGGCUAUCAUAAACCAGUAUAUGCUGUUGUUAUAGAUGCAGGAAGUACUGGUUCUAGAGUACUAGCAUUUACAUUCCAUGAAUCAUAUAUAGGUUCACAUUUGGUAUUGGAUAAAGAACUAUUUAAAUAUAACAAAGAAGGGUUGUCCUCAUUUGCUGAGAAUCCUGAGGAUGGAGCAAAAUCUAUCGAAAGUUUGCUUGAAGAGGCUAAGAAUGAGAUACCACAAAAACAUUGGACAAAUACUUCACUUCUUUUGAAAGCUACUGCAGGUCUUCGAUUACUGCCUACCGACAAGGCUGAAAAGCUAUUACACAGUGUUAGGAAUUUAUUUAAGAAAGUUCCUUUCCUCACCAGAAAAGACUCUGUGGAAAUAAUGGAUGGGACAGAUGAAGGAAUAUAUUCUUGGUUCACUGUAAACUUUCUGUUAGGUAGAAUAAAUGGAAAUCCGGCAAAUACAGUUGCCGCCCUUGAUCUUGGGGGUGGCUCAACUCAAGUCACAUUUGCUGCUCUCGCUCCCUCCAGUUUGAAACACAGAGACAGGAUACAUUUGGCUUCCUCACCAACUGGUAACAUACCAGUAUACACACAUAGUUUCCUUGGUUUAGGAUUGAAAGCAGCAAGAAAGGCUAUAUUGACAUAUGGCCAAGAUAAUACAAGUAACAUUACCAGUGAAUGUGUGAAUCACAUUAUAAACGGUCAUAAAUUCAAAUAUGGUUCUGAAGUGUAUUAUGUGAGUGGGCCACAAUGGAACUACUUGACAAUGGUGGAUGAAUCUGUUGGUUACCUAACUAGCUCCGAAGUACCUAUUGUUAAUAUGGAUAAGUGCCUACCCAUUAUUAAAUCUUUUAUACAAAAUAAUUCAAAGCCCCCCGAAGAAUUACCUAAUAAAAUCAUAUUUGCCUUCAGUUAUUACUUCGAUAAGGCUGCUGAAGCUGGAUUAAUUGAUCCUUAUACAGGUGGUAGAAUAGAACUAGAAGACUUCAAGAAUGCAGCUACAGAAGCUUGUAGGACUCCAAAUACAGAACAGCCAUUCCUGUGCCUUGACUUAUCUUUUAUCUGGAUACUACUUCAAGAUGGUUUGGGGCUUCAAUUGAAAACGCCCAUUAAUCUUUUCAAGAAAAUAAAUGGUCAUGAAAUUAGUUGGGCACUAGGUGCUGCAUAUGAUUUAUUGAAACAAAGAAAAUUUUGAAGAUUCUGAUUCUCCGCACAUUUUGUCAACCAAUGUGCCUUCAUAGAAUUUGUAGUUCCGAAGACUGUGUGUGUUAGGAUUGUGAAUACCUAAAGGAAAAAUUUUGAAUAAUAGUUCAAAAUUUGUUAGUGUCAAUGUGAAUUUUGGAAUACAAGAAUUUUUAUAUUUCCUAGUCCAACGCCUUUCCAUUCCAUGCACUUUGCAAAGAAUCACAACGAAAGCUGAAUUGAAUUUCCAAUAAAUGUUUUGUUGAGAA